UUACGGAGAAAAGUCGUAAAACCGCACAAAUAAAAGUUUGAAAACAGGCUACUUUUCGGAAAGAGGAGAGAAAAAACAAGGCGAUAUUCUCGCUUUCUCUCGCACACUCACGCUUAGCCGCGCGCGCACACGCAGAUUCCCAAACAAGAAGAGAAAAUUUGGACCGUUUUUUGUUUUUAUUACUCUCAAUGUAGUGUAAAACAUAAAUAAAGUGAGUAGCGCUUGUCGGGGUAAAAUGUGUUUCAAACUGGUUUUGUUAAGUUGAGGUUCAGGGUGCGCGCGGAAGGGGAAAUGCUUUCUGUUUUUCCGUUUGGUUAAACAAAUAGAAAAUGUCUCUCUUCGCGUUUUCUCCGCUGGGUGGAUUUUCCACACGAUCAGGAUCAGUGAGCAGAUCGCUCACUCAGUUGUCGAUUGAGAGUCGCUCGCGGUGGAUCGCGCGUUGAUGCGUCGGUGAACAUUUCAACAGAACUGGCAAUACUUUAGUGAAUAGUGGAAAAUUAGCUGGAAAAUGCUACCCUACUCGUCGUACGCGGCAGCGCUGGAUCAGAUUCACAGCAUCAACCAGGAGUUGAGCCUGUUGGGGAGUUCCGGCGGUCGGUACUUUCCGUUGGACGUCGGUGUUGGUGGGUUUGUUGGGCCGCAGCCGGGGGGAUAUCUGGGCCUGAAUCAGUGGUCGUUGCCGUUUUCGUUCCUGAAGGCUGCCCACAGGCCGGAAAAGCCACCCUUUUCGUACAUUGCGUUGAUAGCGAUGGCCAUCAGCAGUGCGCCGAAGCAACGGUUGACGCUGAGCGGGAUCUACAAGUACAUCAUGGACAACUUCCCGUACUACCGCGAAAACAAGCAAGGCUGGCAGAACUCGAUUCGGCACAAUCUAUCCCUGAACGAUUGUUUCGUCAAAGUUCCACGUGACAAGUCGUCCCCAUCGCGGUCCGGAUCUUCGUCCGGUAGGACCUCCACCGAGGGAGCAGAACUCAGUGAUGGCGGUGGAAGCAACGGUUCUAGUGGUGGUGCUGGUGGUGGCAAAGGCAGCUACUGGAUGUUGGAUCCGUCGGCAAACGACAUGUUCGAGCAGGGAAAUUACCGCCGGCGAAGGACGCGCCGCCAGCGGAGCGCCAAAAUGAUCCUCAACGGGCACUUUCAUCAGUCCGCGCCACCCCCACCGCCCUUCGGAAUGGCCUUCCCCCCGACGUCGGUGGCCGCAGCAGCCGCGGCGGCGGCCCUCGCGACGGCAGAAUUUAUUAAAACAACGUCCCAGGCCACCGGCGGCAGUUCCAUCAGCUCCAACUCCAGCGGCAUUCCGGACGAUUUUCAUCAUCUGAUAGGCGGCCACAAUUUGGACGGCGUCGUAUCAAACUGCUAUCACUCGAUGUCGCUGCUGCCAUCGUUCCCCGCGGCCAGUUCCGGCCAACGGACGACUUCAUUACCUGGGCACCGUCCUGGCCAAGUGCCGCUGUCACCGUGUCCGUCGACGAGCUCUUCACCGGCGGAGCAGUUCGAAGCUUCAGGUGGUCCGCCAAUUUUGGCAAAUGGAAUCGUAAAACGAGAUUUUGAUGAAGCCACCGAUAGUGGCGCCCCCGGUGAAGGUGCCCUAACGGGCCUUCCGGGAGUUGACAUGGGGCACCAGGCCACUGCUGCGGUGGCUGAUAAUUAUUUAGAUAAUUUUCAAUCGAAUUUUCCCUCGCUGGACGCGUUUCUUGGUGAGCUGAAUGCGGUGCAGAGUGGCACCACGAGUCAGGCAGAUCUGCAACGUGAUGGAAGUGGUAUCAACACCACGGGAAGUACUUGCCUGCGGGUUCCAGCAGGUGGUUUUCGGUCGGGCAAGAGUGCUACUGGCGGUUUAAGGUCGAGCAGUUUUACGAUCGAGAGUAUUAUGCGAAAGUAGUGGUGUAAGUUGGGUUCAUUGGGGAGUGCAUUUUUAAAGGAGACUAUUUUUUUUUACCAUGAGUGAUUUGUAAAUAGUUGAAGCUAGUCGAUUCCAUGAAUAAAAACUGUAUUAUAUGAAACCAAUGGCCUUUUUUUAUUCCGUAGUAACUUUUCAACAGGGUGUAACCGCAAUUCGCAAUUUUCAGUGUAAGACCGAUUUUAUGCACUUGGUUCCCGACGAACACGCACUGCCCUUACACCUAAAUCUCACCCUUGCUCUGAGUCAGUACGAGCAACACGCUAGAACACGCUUUGAGUGUUCGUGCCCGGCAUGCACACCUUCUUUUCCGGUUACGCAUUUUAACUCGGCCGGGGGUGGUACAUUGCGUAGGGUUUGAUGUAAGUAUAAGCGUCUAACCAUCUAUAGUGUGCCUAUCAACAUUCAUUAAAGCAAAAACUGUUUUAUUUUUAGUUUGAAUUCAAAAACUAGUUGUUAUUUUACUGUGUAUUGUUUUCUCCUGAAAUCUUUCCUAGUGUUGAGUCGUGUUUAUAUGUUGCUAUUUCUUUUGUCGCGGUGUUUUGUUACAAUUUUUGGUCCUAAGCAUGUUAUAAAAGUUUACCAAAAGUACAAUAGUAAUAUUUGUGUUAAUCUUUUAACCGUUCCAUAAAUUGAGUACGGGCUCAAACCUCACUUGUUUGAAAAAAGGGUGAAGAUUGAAAACAAUAGACAGUAAAAGAGAAUAUAUUUUAUAAAUAAAAAUCAAGAAUCAACAGUA